AGUCACAAAAAUUGAAGAGCACACAACACAAGCCACUGAAAUUUGAAGAGCGGGCGAUCGGAGAAAAUCAUAGCCGCCGCACAUACCCCCUCUUCCGCUUUCUCUUCAAAAUUAUUUUCAAAAAGGGAAGAAAAGAAGCAAAAAGGGUGGGAUGUCAGACCUAGACCGGCAAAUCGAGCAGUUGAAGAACUGUGAACCACUCAAAGAGUCUGAAGUCAAGGCGCUCUGCUUGAAAGCCAUGGAAAUCCUCGUCGAAGAGAGCAACGUUCAAAGAGUCGAUGCUCCUGUCACUAUAUGUGGCGACAUCCAUGGACAGUUUUAUGACAUGAAAGAGCUAUUCAAGGUAGGCGGUGAUUGCCCAAAGACUAACUACUUGUUUCUUGGAGAUUUUGUGGACAGAGGCUUCUAUUCUGUAGAGACCUUUUUGCUUUUACUUGCCCUCAAGGUAAGGUAUCCUGAUCGGAUAACAUUGAUUAGGGGGAAUCACGAGAGCCGACAGAUCACACAGGUGUAUGGAUUCUAUGAUGAGUGUCUGAGGAAGUAUGGUUCUGUCAAUGUUUGGAGAUAUUGCACCGAUAUAUUUGAUUAUCUAAGUUUGUCUGCGCUUAUUGAGAACAAAAUAUUUUCAGUUCAUGGUGGUCUGUCUCCCAACAUCAACACAUUAGAUCAGAUUCGGACAAUUGACCGGAAGCAAGAAGUGCCCCAUGAUGGUGCCAUGUGUGACCUCCUGUGGUCAGACCCGGAGGACAUUGUUGAUGGGUGGGGUCUGAGUCCACGUGGUGCUGGUUUCUUGUUUGGUGGCAGUGUUGUUACUUCUUUUAACCACACCAAUAACAUCGAUUACAUUUGUCGUGCACAUCAAUUGGUAAUGGAAGGUUUUAAAUGGAUGUUUAACAACCAGAUUGUUACUGUCUGGUCAGCCCCAAAUUACUGUUACAGGUGUGGUAAUGUGGCUGCUAUUCUUGAACUGGAUGAGAAUCUUAACAAACAGUUCCGAGUAUUUAAAGCAGCUCCACAGGAAUCAAGAGGCGCCCCGGCUAAAAAACCACCACCAGAUUACUUUGUAUGAGAUAUGAAUAUGAUUACUGGAAUCCAUGAAUCUCCAUUAUCUGUUGGGUCUGGUAUGCAUUUACUUACUAGGAAAGAAGGAAGGAAGAAGAUGAUUGAUUGUAUAUUUUGCAAUGAAGAAGAAGAAGAAGAAGAAGAGAAGAUAGUUUUGGUCAUGAAACCAGCGGAUCUGCUGACAGAUUGGGCAGUGGUUUGGUGUGGUGGAUUCAUCUCACGAGUGAGUGUUUGUUAAGAAAUAGUAGUUAGUGUUACUGUUAAUGUGUGUUAGAUUUUGUAUUGUGUACCCAUUACCAUUAUUUGUGCAUCAUCAUCACAUCAUGUACACAAAAGGUGUGUCAUUAAUUACAACACCAUACAGAUUUACAAAA